AAUGGCUGGCUCUCACUAAGGCACGAGAAGGAGGAGCAGCAGUCGGCGGCCCUUCGGAGAAGGAUGCCAUUUCGCCACAACGCAACACACCCUUCCUUUUCCAAGCAGCUCCCCGGGCUGUAAAAGCCGAAUCUCCUUUAGAACAGCCGCCUUGAAAGAGAGAGAGAGGGAGAGGGAGAGGGAGAGCGCCUAUGCCAUGUCUUUGCUUUGCGUUGGAGUCAAAAAAGCCAAGUUUGAUGGCCCACAAGGAUGGCCCAGGAGAGUGGCUAACUCUUGAUUCUCACGUCAUCAUGACAGAUAAUGAGAUCUCUGGGACCAAAGACCCCACUUUCCACCGUAUCCUCUUGGACACCCGCUUUGAACUCCCACUCGAUAUUCCCGAAGAAGAGGCUCGCUAUUGGGUCAAGGAGCUGGAACGGCUGAAUGCUAUGCGAGACCAAGAUGAUCAGGAGAAGCCGCUUCCAGUCCCCGGCUCACAGUGCUGCAACUGGAAUUAUUUUGGCUGGGGAGAUCAACAAA